AUUUUCUACUCUCUCAUUAAUCUCUUUGUAAAAUGUCCACUAAUUCUCCAAGAUGAGACAGGCAAAAUGGGAGAUAUACCUACCCACCAAUACUAAUAUCAUUAUGCUACAAUAAUUCAUGCAAAUGUGUCAGCUAUCAUAAAUGUCUUCAAGUGUUAGUGUACCUUAAACAACUUCUAUCCCCAUUGUUAUCUGUUUCCCACUCAACCUAAAAUUCCAAAUUCACAAUCUUCCAAAUUGCUAAAAUUUUUAAUUACCCAUUUCACAUUUUCCAAAGAUUCUUAAUUUAGCUUCCAUUUUUAGGAUUAAACUUAUAAAAACAUCAGAUUUAGUACUUUUUUGAUGCCCAUUUGUAUCUGUUUUAAACUUUGAGCAAUGCAUAUAACUUAAAGAUAUAAUCUUUGUGGAAUUGUUGUAGUUUUUGUAAUCUUGGGUGUUUUUUUUUUAUUUGCUCAUUUGGGUUUUAUGAAAAUGGGGAAGAUUUUGGUGCCCAUUUGUGUGUUAUUGUUGAUUGAAGUUGUUUUAGUGUAUGGUGGAAGUGGUAGUGUUCAUCAAGUGAAUAUAUGGCCAAUGCCAAAGUAUUCUAUUUAUGGGAAUAGUAUGCUUUAUUUAAGCAAUGAUUUUGAAUUAAGGACUCAAGGGAGCAAGUAUAGUGAUAAGGAAGGGAUAUUGAAAGAUGGGUUUUUGAGAUUUAUGGGUAUUGUGACUUUGGAUCAUGUUAUUGAUGUCAAUUUUUCUAGGUUUGAUCAAUCAAGUUUCUUGAAAGGGAUCAAUGUGGUUAUUCGAUCACUUAGUGAUGAGUUGCAUUAUGAUAUUGAUGAAUCAUACAACUUAACUAUUCCAGCUGCUGGGAAGCCUGCUUAUGCACACAUUGAGGCAAAGUCUGUAUACGGGGCGUUACACGGAUUUCAGACAUUGAGUCAGCUCUGUAGUUAUAACUUCAAAACCAGACUGAUUGAAAUCGACAUGGUUCCAUGGACUAUAUCUGACCAGCCUAGAUUCCCUUACCGUGGAUUGCUGAUCGAUACUGCACGGCACUUUUUGCCUUUGCCCGUGAUAAAGAAAGUAAUCGAUUCCAUGACAUAUGCGAAGCUGAAUGUGCUUCAUUGGCACAUUGUAGAUUCCCAAUCUUUUCCAUUGGAAAUUCCUUCAUACCCAAAGCUUUGGGAUGGUGCAUAUUCAGCAGAAGAACGAUAUACAAUGGCUGAUGCUGCUGAAAUUGUGAGAUAUGCACAAAGACGCGGAGUGAAUGUACUCGCUGAAAUUGAUGUUCCUGGACACGCUGCGUCCUGGGGGAAUGGUUAUCCAUUGCUGUGGCCUUCAGCAAACUGUAGGGAGCCACUCGAUGUGAGCAACGAAUUUACCUUCCAAGUUAUAGAAGGAAUUCUUUCAGAUUUCAGCAAGGUCUUCAAAUACAAAUUUGUUCAUUUAGGAGGCGAUGAAGUCGAUACCGGUUGCUGGGAAUCAACUCGUCGUGUUGGCCGAUGGUUGCGGCGUCAUAAAAUGGUUGGUUCUCAAGCUUACGAAUACUUCGUUUUACGAGCACAGAAAAUUGCAGUAUCCCAUGGAUAUGAAGUAAUUAAUUGGGAGGAAACGUUCAAUAAUUUUGGCGAUAAAUUGGACCGAAGGACUAUUGUCCAUAAUUGGUUAGGGGGCGGUGCUGCUGAAAGGGUGACCGCGGCUGGUUUAAGGUGCAUUGUAAGCAACCAGGACAAGUGGUAUCUUGAUCAUUUAGACAUCACAUGGGAUCAGUUUUAUAUGAACGAGCCUUUAACUAAUAUCACAAAUCCAAAGCAACAAAAGUUAGUCAUUGGAGGUGAAGUUUGUAUGUGGGGUGAGCAUAUUGAUGCAUCGGAUAUUGAGCAAACCAUUUGGCCGCGUGCUGCUGCAGCUGCAGAGCGAUUGUGGACGUCGUACGACAAGCUUGCUAGGAAUCCAAUACAAGUAUAUAGAAGGUUAGCAAACUUCAGGUGUCUGCUAAAUCAAAGAGACGUUGCAGCCGCUCCAUUGGUGGGCCCCGGUAGGUUUGCUCCUGAAAUACCAGGUUCAUGCUAUGUUCAAUGAUGAACAUAAAACUUUAACCAAUACACUAUAGAUCAGACAAAGUUUAUCUUGUGCAUAAUUUAUCUGUCUUAUUCAUUGUUCCAUUCAACACUCACCAGAAACUAGAUAGCAUGUUAUAUCUCAGUAUUGUUACUUAGAGGCUACAACUGGUAAUACCCAGUUACCAUGGAUGAUGGAUCAUGCUAUAUUGGCAAUUUAUGUUAUUUAGAGAUUGAAUUUUUAUUUCA